UUUAUUUUGAGAGACAGAGCAGAGGAGGGGCAGAGAGAGAGACGGAGAGAGAGAAUCCCAGGCAGUCUCCGUGCUGUCAGCAUGGAGCCCAAUAUGGGGCUCGAACUCAUGAGAUCAUGACCUGAGCCAAAACCAAGAGACACUUAACUGACUGAGCCCCCCAGGCCCCCCAGUGUUUAUUUAUUUUUGAGAGAGAGAGAGAGAGAAAGCAUGAGUCGGGGAGGGGCAGAGAGAGAGGAAGACACAGAAUCUGAAGCAGGGUCCAGGCUCUGAGCUGUCGGCACAGAGCCUGACACGGGGCUCAAACUCAUCAACCAGGAGAUCAUGACCUGAGCUGAAGUCGGACGCUUAACCGACUGAGCCACCCAAGCGCCCCAGCUAGAAGAUAUUUAACUGCAGUUCUUUUUAGUGAAAUGUCAGCAUCUGACAUAUUUGAAAUAAUAAUAGCUUCUUUCAUUUUUUUAUGACACUUUACUCAACCCAUACAUCCAUCCUUGUCAACCUGAAAUUAUUCAACAUGUGUUAUCAUGAUGCUUACAAUAACUUCACUGAGUAAAGUCAUAUAUACACAGAUACCCAUAUACAUACACAUGCACACACAAACACAUAUACACACACAGGAUAUUAAGGAUUUACAAGUCAAACCUAUUUGCUAUACUCAUUGGUGGUUUUUAAGGACUCCAAUCUUGACCCCUAUGUUUUGUUCUCAUUUGUAGUGACCAUUGGUGUCUGUCCAUUGUAGGCAAUAUCUCAUGCACAUAUAAUAAUCAGUGCUCCACUUACCAAACCUACUUAAUCUGGCCAGGCACUUUUUAUAUGCAGAAUUUUCAAAGUUUAUUUAUUUUGAGAGAGAGAAACAGAGCACACAAGCAGGGGAGGGGCUGAGAAAGAGAGAGAGAGAGUAUCUCAAGCAGGUUCCACACUGUCAGCGCAGAGCCCAAUGUGGGGCUCAAACUCACAAACUGUGAGAUCAUGACCUUAAUGGAAAUCAAAAGUCAGAUGCUCAACUGACUGAGCCACCCAGGUUCCCUUAUAUGCACAAUUUUUAAUUCUUACAGCCACCCUGCAGGGUAGAUAUUAUGACCCACAUUUCACAGCUGAAAGAACUGAGGUUCAGAGAGGUAGUAAUAUCUUAGGAUCGACUCCGUCUCAAAGCCUAUGUUGUUUUCACUACAAUACUCAGCAUCUUAAUAAAAAGGCCUAAUAUGAACUUGAAUCUUUAUUUUUUUUUAAUGUUUAUUUAUUUCUGAGAGAGAGAGAUAGACAGCGUGGGGGUGGUGGGCAGAGAGAGAGGGAGACAGAGAAUCCCAAGCAGGCUCUGCAGCUAGCUGUCAGUGCAGAGCCCGAUGUGGGGCUUGAACUCACCAACUGAGAUCAUGACCGAGCCAAAACCAAGAGUCUGACGCUUACGUGACUGAGUCACCCAGGCACCCUGAAAUUGAUUCUUUGAAAGGUUGGAUAAUCUCUAUGUCCCCUAAUAUCCCAACUCCUACCCCAUUAAUCAAGGGUCUGGGUCUUGAUUCUAUCAAGAAAUUUCACAAUAAUUAUCAUAAAAAAUGAUGCCACUUUCUGUUUAGUAAGACAAAAGUGGGGAGGAGGGCAGUGAGAAUAACACUUGUAUGUGUGUGGUUGGAUUUUGGAGUUCUGUUGCCUAAUGGCUUAUUCUCAUGGCACUUCUCAUAGGCUUCCUCCAGCCUUUGGGUCUCCGGGUCCCUUAGAAAAAAACAGGGAGGAUGCUGUUGCCAUAUCUAAAAGGGCCAGUACAGCCUACUGGCUACCCAGAAAGUCUUGUGGGUGAUCAGUGACACUUGUUAGCAGUAAGAACUGGCAUUUGAUGAACAAAAAGGCCAUCUCCUGUCCUAUAAGCGCAUGAUACUAAACCACAGCAAGCAUUUUUUUUUAAUGUUUAUUUAUCCUUGAGAGACAGAGAGAGACAAAGCGUGAGCAGGGGAGGGGCAGAGAGAGAGGGAAACACAGAAUCCAAAGCAGGCUCCAGGCUUCGAGCUGUCAGCAUAGAGCCCGACGUGGGGUCCAAACCCACGAACUGCGAGAUCACAACCCCAGCUGAAGCCGGACACCCAACCGACCGAGCCACCCAGGUGCCCCUAAACCACAGUAAGCAUUUUUGACAAAUGAUGGAGGACUAUCCACAAUAAGAACUAGAUAUCUUUUGCUUUAGUUUCAGAUUCAGUAACUCAUCCAUUCCCUUCUUAUUGCCAUCAGAUACUGCUGUCCGCACCCUGCAGGGUUUGAGGAGUGUAAGGGGUGCCAGAGAACAGGAAGGUUCCGAGGCUUCAUCCUGCUACUCACCUUCUUCAUUUAUACCUGUUAUCACAUGUCCAGGAAGCCCAUCAGUGUCGUCAAGAGCCGUCUGCACCAGAACUGCUCGGAGCUGAUCAAGCCCAUUAAUGACAGCCACAGUCUCAACGACACUACGUGGUGCGACUGGGCUCCCUUUGACAAGAACAACUACAAGGAGUUACUGGGGGCCGUGGACAAUGCCUUCCUUGUGGCCUAUGCCAUCGGCAUGUUUAUCAGCGGGAUUUUUGGGGAGCGGCUCCCCCUCCGUUAUUACCUUUCAGCUGGAAUGCUGCUCAGUGGCCUCUUCACCUCACUCUUUGGCCUAGGAUAUUUCUGGAACAUCCACAUGCUCUGGUACUUUGUGCUCAUCCAGAUCUGUAAUGGGCUUGUCCAGACCACAGGCUGGCCCUCUGUGGUGACCUGCGUUGGCAACUGGUUCGGGAAGGGGAAGCGGGGGCUUAUCAUGGGCAUCUGGAACUCACACACGUCUGUGGGCAACAUCCUGGGCUCCCUGAUCGCUGGCAUCUGGGUGAAUGAGCAGUGGGGCCUGUCGUUUGUGGUGCCUGGCAUCAUCACCGCUGCUAUGGGUGUCAUCACCUUCCUCUUCCUGAUCGAAUACCCCGAAGAUGUGGACUGCACGCCUCCUCAGCACCACACGAGUGAUGGGUUGGAAGAGAACCAGCACAACCCUGAGGACCUUGGGAGUGGUCCCUACACUAACAAGGAGAGCAGCCUGGAGACCCCUGCCAGAUGCUCCAAGGAGCCAAGCGCUCAGCCUGCCGCCAUCAGCUUCCUCGGGGCGCUCCGGAUCCCGGGUGUGGUCGAGUUCUCUUUGUGUCUGCUCUUUGCCAAGCUGGUCAGUUACACCUUCCUCUACUGGCUGCCCCUCUACAUCUUCAAUGUGGCUCAUUUCAAUGCCAAACAGGCUGGGGACCUGUCUACCCUCUUCGAUGUUGGUGGCAUCAUGGGCGGCAUCAUGGCGGGGCUCAUCUCUGACUACACCAAUGGCAGGGCCACCACCUGCUGCAUCAUGCUGAUCUUGGCUGCCCCCAUGAUGUUCCUGUAUAACUUCAUUGGUCAGAGUGGGAUUAUCAACUCCAUAGUAAUGCUGAUCAUCUGUGGGGCCUUGGUCAAUGGCCCUUAUGCGCUCAUCACCACUGCAGUCUCUGCUGACCUGGGAACUCACCAGAGCCUGAAAGGCAACGCAAAGGCACUUUCCACCGUCACGGCCAUCAUCGACGGCACUGGGUCCAUAGGUGCGGCUCUGGGGCCCCUCCUGGCUGGCCUUAUUUCACCCACAGGCUGGAACAAUGUCUUCUACAUGCUCAUCUCUGCCGACAUCCUGGCCUGCUUGCUCCUCUGCCGGUUGGUGUACAAAGAGAUCCUAGCCUGGAAGUCAUCCCUGGGCAGAGACAGAGGGUAUAAAGAAAUAUGAGGCCUUGAUUGGAAGAGAGGCACGGAGGGCCCCAGCUGAUUCCCAAAGAGCUCUCCCCCUCCUGCCACCGGGGGCAAGACUAUGGAAACUGCCAGCGAUGGCUGAUGGAAGCCUCUUGACCUAACACCAGCCAGCCCACAGGGCUGCUAAGGGGCUAGGCGAUUCUCCAUGGGAAGGGACCGCCAACAUGGGGAAUGGAAGACUCAAGGGCCUGCGCUCUGGAAGCCGCAAGCAGAAAGGAUGGGGAUCAGAGCUGAGCGGUGUCUCCAGCUUGCUAAGGGGAGGAUAUGCUCAGACUCUAGCUUGUUCAGAUUCCAAGACCGAAGGCAGAGGGUUGACAUGGACCAAGGCUUGGCAAAGGUGUGUUCUCCUUCCCGUGUUCAGUUUGAACCUCUGUGACCAGCCUGUACCUGUCGGUGGGUUUCUGACCCUGUUUCGGAGCUGCCCAGCCUCACUUGGCUUCUUUAUCCACCAGCCGGUUUUCUCGUGUAUUCCCCCACGUUGGAACCUCUUCUCCCUUGCAUUUGAUUCUGUCUCUAACUCCUGACCUGAGUCGAUUAAAGUGUUACUGCUAUAUCCUCCGGGGCCAGGACUAGGGAGACGCAAGGGAGGUGCCAAUGGUGCAAAAGUUAGGGAGGCAUCACUCUUGGGCUUGGGCCUGGGCCUGUGCCGCCCUGGAGAGUGAAGGCCUCCCUUGCCUCAGUCUCCUGCCAGCCCUCUGCGUCCCCAGGGGAAGAGCAAACACCAGUGCAGUGCUGGGGAGGGAGGGAGGCAUGACUGAAAACACCAGCGUGUGGAUGGUAGUUGCAGAGUGCUCACUGCUUGCUAGCCCUACUCCAGGAACGGAGCAGACGGUGGACACAGAGCAAGGACUUCUGCCCUGAGCACAGGCACCAGCGCGACGAGACUAGCAGGAAAGAAGGCUGCGUGGUUCAUUCCCGCAGCUGUCACAUGUGUAGAUGCCUGGAGCUCUCUGCAGCCUGCCUUUUCUCCCCCAUGUUCCCCAUGUACUUAUCCCAGCCCCCCCCCCCCCCCGCCCCAAUCCUGGAAUGCUGCCUGCCAGGCCAGCUCUUGGCAUUUCUCCCUGUCCUCCGGAGCCACCCAUCAGCACAGUACAGAUUCCUGUUGCCCACUGUGCCUGUGCUCGCCCUUAUUAGGGCCUGGCCCAGUCGCAUGGGUUGUUGGGGUCCUGGGACCACGGGGUUCGUGUACUGGGGCUGCUUACAGCGGGCAUUCCCUGGGGAGAUGCUCAUGGCCACACUGAUGACCCGCCAGUCAAAUGGGGAGCUGGAGCCACAUACCAGGUACAGCUGUCACAUUCACUGGGACGCCUGGGCCAGGGCAGCACUGAGAUAGGUGGCGCCCACUGCUGCGGUGACACACCGGUAAGCCUUCGACUUGCCUGCCGCUCACCCUGACUUGGAGCCAGUCAGGGACCUUGUCCUCGGGAGCCCCAGGGCCAGGCCUUACGUCCAGCAUUCUCAGAUGCUUCUUUCAGAGCAGACGCUAGAUGGUGCCACCAUCCCCCGGCAAAGCCUGGCAUGGGCCACACACCGUUCCUGCUUCCAGAUGGGGAGGCGGGAGCAGAGGGUGCUUCGUUAGCCAACUUUCGGCCUUCUUUCCACCGCACCAGGUCGGGGUAGGAGUCCUGGGAGACCUCCUCUGGUGGUGGGGGACUUCCGCUUCCCCGGCCCCACCACUGGCUACCUUUAAGCCUGUGUCCUCAUGGAGAGAAAAUAGUCCUACCCUUGCCUACCUCGAAGGACUGGUGUGAAGGGAGAGGAGUCAGUUGUCAACACACUCCGCCCCCCCCCCCCCAGGAGCUUGUCUGGGGGAGGGGUAAGUGAGAAAUAUGAAAACAAUAGGAGAAAAACACUGGAGGUAGUGACUGGAGCGGAGACAUCCCUCCCUAUGCCUGAAGGGAGAGGGGCCGGAGGGUGGGUGAUCCCGGGGCAGGAGGAAAGAAUGUGUAAGGUGUCAGAAGGAGGAAUGCCUGGGACUUGGGCAGGUGGUCAGUUUGAUGAGGUCUGGAGGGGACCUGGAAGAGGAAGGGAGUUAAUGCCAAUAUAGAGCAAGCCCCUACAAGUGCAGCAUGGGGACUGGAAAAGAAACAAGAGGUGCCAGCUGGUGCCUGGGCCCAGGGUAGGCAUGGCACCCGCGAUCAGCAGAAGGCUUGUGGAGCUCAACGCCUGGCUCAGAAAUGAGGACUUGGGCUGUGGGAGGGAGUUUGGGGGAAACACCAAAGGUGGAAAAACCCCAGCCCUGAGAUCUGUCCCUCUGCCCUCGUCUCCCAGGUCCCAGGUUCCCUGCCCUGCUUCAGCUCUGUGCUCGGACCCGUUCCCCCGCAAGCCUGCUACCUGCCUUCUCUCUGGGCCUCAGCACUCACUUGGGGCUAAUGCAGGAGCAUUACGUUAAUUAGUUAUUCAUUUAAUUUAACUUCACAUUUGGUCUCAAUUAAGCUUAAAGUGUUCUUCCUUAUAGAUGUUACAAUAGCACUUGUAAUUAAAAAGCAAUAACUCUUUGCA